UGCAUGCAAAUUGCACUCGAGCUUAUAGACGUUCGCCCUGAACUUAACUUAUGGCGUUUGCCGGUGAUCAAAAUGCAACUUGGCUCCUUAUCACAUUGGGCUCUCGACUAUGAAGUGACACAACCGGCACAAAUUUCCUAUGGACUUUCACGUCCAUCACAUUGCAGCGUCAUUGCCAUCCCAUGCUUGCGAGUGGAAUCGACCCGCCUACGAAUCAAGCCAAUUAGCGCUAGUCUAACCAGUGGUGUAAGGCAUGGGCAAAUAAAAAACUUGACAGCCGUUUCAUCCGAAUCAAGUUGUGACUAAACUGCAUAAUCCCAUGGCCCAGAUUGAUCACUCACAAAUUUCCCCUAACAGUGACUACUCUUGAUUGUCGGGUUUUGGAGCACCCACACUGUAUGCUGGAUUGGGACACGUAAUCUCAAUCAUGGCCUCAGUUGGCUUUAAAGUCAGUCUCUGCCAACCCGAGCUCUGGGACCGUAUCUGAAGUGGAGGAUUCCGGUGUUACUCUCCACCAUUGCAGCAAUGGAGUGCAGUGAUCAUUGUUCAUUGUUGUUCUUUGUUCUCGUUCCCCACCAUCCCCAGCCUCAUCCGACUCUCUGUCUCUCUUGCACAGGCCGACUAUCCUACUCGCUGGCUGGAUAACCCAGCUUUACCCCAUGCUUUGGCGCCAUCAAACCGGCUAAACGGAGAUGGAAUGCAUGAUUUGGCAACAUUGAUGCUUGAUCCAUCUCACCAAACUAAUGCCAAGAUACCCGAGUACGAAACACAAGAGUGGCAGUUAGCCCGAUACGCCAGGCUUUUACCAGACACACCUCCGAGUGUAACGACAGACCAGAGCGAUGGGCCUGAUCGCAGUGACGAUGGCACCUGGGAGGAAUGGAAUGGUUCGAUUCAUGGCCCAAAGCUCUUGACUCGCCUGGCUGGAUUUGGACACCUGUGCAUAAUGUACGGCAACGAGGUAUUGGAAUCGUACUUCCUUAUUCUGGCCAAGAAAUGGAUGAAGAUUGUCUUACUGGAUGAUGAGGUAAUGGUUCUAGCCAAGCGGUUGGAGAGGACUUGCCGUCUUAGACUAUCGUUUCAGUUGAAGGAGGACGCUGAGGCAUUCUACUGCGCUCUCAGUCGGUUUGCCAGUUGCAAAGAGCUCUCAAAUGAACGCACACAGCCACAAAUGGAUUCUGUUGAAGAACAGCUGAAUAACAUGCUCUCAUCUACUGCAGCUGGCCUACCCCCACCCAGCUGGACGACUGAGUGGCCUACUGCAAGUUUGGAAGGUUUGGUGCGACUUUGUCUACAGGAUCCCAACUUUCCUGGAUUCGUGCGCCAAGUGGACGCUGCGAUGAAAAAUCUGACUAAUUCUCAAGUCCCUCUUUUUGGACCUCGUUAAACUUGAACCAAACGGACUUGACUGUUUGUUCCAUCAGUUCUGAUAGGGUUGCACAUUUGUUUCAAGUCAUUCAAA